AUGGACCACAUGUAUACUGCAAUAGCCAGCGUCCAGGCGAAGGCUGCCAACGUCCCGAACAUUGUCGCUGCUGCUUGCACCGAGCAUAAGAUGUCGUCCUCGCCGUUCCCCUCGCUACAGAUGAAACGCUGCCUCGUAGUUGGCGAGUUACCCGAGAAGGUGCGAGGCGGCGAGGAUGCUGUCUGCCACGGAGAGAUUGGCCAGAAAGUGCCUGGCUGUGGUGCGCAGGUCUUUGAAGUAGGUGAAGGUGAAGAAGAUGAGGGCCGAUCCUGCGACGGAGAGGACGCACACGGUUCCCACCGUCACCUGCAGCGAGAGAAUGAAGGCCGGGGUGCGGGACGGGAUAGACCGGGAGCAGUUGGAUACAUUGGUCCUGAUCCAGGAUGCAUUGCUACUCCAAGAAGCCCAAUCGAAAGGCUGUAACUCAGACCAACUCAUGUGUUUAGCCGACUGCACGUCUUUAUGCAGAGCUAGAGCUAGAG